GUGACUUUUACUCAUCUAUACUACAAUUCUGAGGUCAAUAUAACCUAGAAUAUAGUAUUCUCACUUGAGACAGUACUACUGUUGAUGACUGCCAUCCCAUAACGAUAGUUACAUGUAACAAUCAAAUCGCAUUAGGCCCCUGGGAAGUGGCAGUAGAGCAGAUCAGAGCCUGGUGUUAUUUUAUCAAAAAUGCACCACGUGAAUGUCCACGUGAGGUGUACUGUACAUCUCCGUUUGUUUGCUUGUUACCCCUCUCUACUAGUUGAUCGACUAAGCUCCCUUGAGCCUCACUGCCAAACAGCCUAGAAAGAACCAAAGCUAGAACCAAGUAAACCUCUCCAAGCUUAAGACUUGUCAGGUCAUCAUGGUGGUUUUCACUCAUAUAAAGAAUUCGUUCCAGCGCUCUGGCAUUGGUAAUGACACUAAACACACAACCUAUACCCGACCUGACAACCACCAAGCAAUCAAACCAGUCGAGUCCACUGAGUCGCCUGUCGACAAGCUCAGACGCAUGCUUCAAACGUCGGAUCUCAGUCCUGAUACCGAAAAAGUACUCGCAGAAGUUUGGGCUCAGGUUGAGGAAUAUAUGAGGGAGCUCUUUGGGAAGGAAUUCAAGGAUAAGGAUAUCAGCCAAAUGGACAUUAGGGAGCUUGUUAGCAUGACUUCAUUUCCGAAGGGCUAUGACCAGAGCAGCCUGAUUGGCGCGGUGACCGGCUUUUGCAAUGCAGUGAAUACUGCUGGAAACCUCGUUGCACAAGGUGCAUCAACGGUUUUCUCGCCAGCAACACCUUGCUUCGCAGGCAUCGCCCUUCUACUAAGUGGCGUAAAAGUAUACGCAGGUAUUACAGUCCAAUUGGAACAGUUGUUGCGAAACUGUAUGACAGGGCUGGAAAACAUGUGCUACAUGCGACACAUUGGUCCCCCAUUUGCAAAGAAAGUCCAAAAGUAUCUAUCCCUGUUCCUUAGCAUUUGCUGUGAGUGGGACAAAAUCCGCAAGAGCCAUACAGAACGGCUCAAAGCUGUCUUCAAGUCGACAUUCUUAGACGACAGCGUGGUACGAACCUUUACAAUGGAGUUGGACGAGCUGAGGAAGGAUCGAAAUGAUUCAGCUCUUUACCAAGUUCUCGAUGCGACAGCUCAACCGAAGCAGUAUCAAGACUAUCUCCGAAUCAUUGCUGACGGACUCUCUUUCAAUCCCGGUGAUCUGGACCACAACGGCGAGCCUGAAGGAAGAUGCCUUGGCCAAGCUUAUAAGGACCCAUUCGACGGCACAGGCUCUUGGAUCCAAUAUUUGGACGAAUAUAAAGCCUGGAGAGAGGGUACACAUCCAGUCUUACUUCUGACUGGUAACACCGGAGAAGGAAAGACUUUCGCAAUGGCCAAUGAGGUAAAACGGCUGCUCCAACAAGGCGAGCUUGUGCUCUUCUAUUUCGAAAAUGAUAUGUCAACUGUUGAUACCGACAACGAGGGCGUCCUAAGUCGAAUGAUGCGAAGCAUCAUUUGGCAAUGUGCCCGCAAAAACUUCUCUUUGGCAAGCUCUAUGGCGGGCUUAAUUCAGGGACGGAAGUUCAUGAAAAGCCUCGAUCUUUGGAAAGAACUACUGUUGGAAAAUGAGACAAGAAGGAGCAAUGAAAUCAAGCUCUACAUUCUCAUUGAUACCCUCUCUGCAGCGCGGGGCAAUGACCCAUGGUUUCCCUUGCUUCAAUCCCUGAUGACUCUGAGCCAGAGCGACCAGAUCAGAUUCUUCAUGACAUCAAAUCAGGAGAGGUAUCAGUAUUUACUGGAAAGGGGGUUGACAUUCAACUCCAUACAUGCUCCCCUGCACUCACAGACUGACAUCGAUAUUUACGCAAAUGUCAGAAUGGAUCAAAUGAAAAGUUUGUCAGAUAUUUCAAAUGGCUGGGUUGUGAAUUAUCGGAACAAUAUCGUGGCUAAGUUGCGCUCUAAAUGUAGAGGUAAUUGGACCAAAGUCAUCACUGUCUUGGAUCUCAUUGAGAGGAAAAGUCGCAGUCCUGCACAGAUAUCCGAAGCUCUUAGAACAUUGGAUGACGGCGCUGAAACAUCCAUUCGCAAUCUUCUUCGCCAACUUGAGAGAGAUUUGAUAGACGAUGAGAUAAAUGAGGUCAACACCAUUAUCAACUGGAUCACAUAUGGGCAGCGACCACUCACGUGCAAAGAACUGGAUGCGGCUCUCUGGAGUAAAUGGCACACACCAUGGUUCCAAGACCUGCCGUCUAGGAUAAAAGAAUACUCGAUCUUCGAUAUUGACGAGUUUGAAAGAGUGACUUGGAGAUCAUUGGAGAUUGAGCGCCAUAUAUUAGGACAAGGGUUCGCCGACACAAGCCAGGGGGAUGCUGUCUUGAAAGCAGAGAUUGAGAUUGUGACACAUGGUCUCCGCAAUAUCUGUCCAGAUACACUUUUCAACAGACUUGAAUUUGAGCCAUUUCUGGAGAGCAAACUCCAGAGACCCAUGGCUCGAAACCAGUACAAGUUCCAUGUCGAUCGAGAUAACGCAAAUCUUGAUCUCGUGUCUGCGUGUUUGUCGUCUCUCAUUGAUGGCCCUAGAAGAGGUCCCUUGGUACAAUAUGCGGGACUAUCUCUACUCCGCCAUCUUGAGGGCACUGAUCUUCAUCGUGCCAAUCCAUCUUGGAAAGCGGCGGUAAAAAGGUCACUGGCGACGCUUUUCACAAAAAGAAGAGCUAUGGAUACAUUAUUUUGCUCACCCGAAAAGGUAGCCAAUGAGUCCACAUGGCCGAAUGGUCAAGGCAUUGGGGAAGGAAGGUGGCUGGACUCAAUCAGGGAGGAUUGGCUCUAUAGCGAUCGUGGCUGCAAUCAGCUAUCUCGCUGGUUCAAGGAUGGGCCAGUGGCAACCGAAGGUCUUAGCGACCAGGCUCGCCAGAUCGUAGUAGCCUUCUCCAAUGAUCAAGAAAAUCGACGUGACUUACUCUUUGCCACUGCGCUGGAAUCAGUCUCCCAUGGCAUUGUGUUUUCAGCGGGUAGCAUAAUGAGCAUGUUUAUCACAACCUAUUUCUUUUUGGUCGGUUUCCGAGCACGGGUAAGCUCACAUCCAAUCUCGUGUGUUAUUGCAGAUAUUGACCAAGAGCCCUACAACAUGUAGCUCUCUGGAUGCGAAGCAAGAAGUUGUUAUCAUCCCAAGCCUUCUAUUCUUUUGUUGGAUGAUUUACGGCAGCUCGAACCGCGAAUGAUGAACGCUUACAAGGACCAAUACUCGACCUUGCUUCCGAGCUUCUACUGUAGCAUGGGUUUGAUCUUUUCAUUCGCAGGCGCAGCUACCCC